AUGUCUGCUCCACCUCUAAGAGGCAUUCGAGUAAUCGAGCUAGCGGGUCUCGCACCAGGUCCCUUCGCCGGUCUCCUCCUAGCCGACUACGGCGCCUCAGUCCUCCGCAUCGACCGACCCAAAGCCAUAAGCGCGGACCUACUAACCCGACACAAAUCCUCAAUAACCCUCGACCUCCAAGACCCAAGGUCCCGCGAUGUCCUCCUACGCCUCCUCACAGCGACCGACGUGUUAAUCGACCCCUUCCGCCCAGGCGUCCUCGAACGACUCGGCCUAUCCCCAACAGAAGUCCUCCUGAAACAGAAUCCGCGCCUCAUCGUCGCACGAAUGACCGGCUUCCGACGUGACGGGAAAUACAAAGACAUGGCCGGCCACGACAUAAACUACAUCGCCGUCUCAGGCGUACUAUCCAUGCUAGGACGAUCAGGAGACAAACCCUUCGCACCAGGCAACAUCCUCGGUGAUUUCGCCGGCGGCGGCGCAAUGUGUUUCCUGGGCAUUAUCCUAGCCCUAAUAGCGCGUACAGGAACAGGUCGGGGACAGGUAGUCGAAGCGAACAUGGUAGAUGGAUCCGCAUACCUAGCUACCUUCCCGCGCCUUGCGCGCAAAACAGCAGCAUGGGACGGGCCUCGCGGAGAGAAUCUGCUUGAUGGUGGAUGUCCCUACUACGAUACAUAUGAAACGAAGGAUGGGAAGUACUUUGCGGUUGGCGCAUUGGAGCCGCAGUUUUAUGCGGCGUUGCUGCGUGGAUUGGGACUUGAUUCGAAGACGAUUCCUGCACGAGAGGAUAGGGGUAAUUGGGGUGCUUUAAGGGAAUUGUUUACGGACCGGUUUAGAGAGAAGAAUAGGGCGGAGUGGGAGGCUGUUUUUGAUGGUACGGAUGCCUGUGCGACUCCUGUCUUGGAGGUGGAUGAGCUUGAGGCGGCAGGGUAUGAUCAGCGGCCUGCGGUUCAUUUGACUAAAACCCCCGCAUACCCGGUUAUAGCAGAUGAGGGUGGGUGGGUUAGUGGGGGGUUGAUGGCUGGGGAUGGGGGUGAGGAGACACUCCGGGGGUGGAUGGGAUGGGAGCCGAACAAGGAUUUCCUGGUUCGAAAGGAUGGUGCAAUCGUCUCCGUAGAUGGCAGGGCUAAGUUGUGA